AAAAUAUUACUGCCAAUUCCUUGCAGAAAAAAACAAUUUUUAUUUACAUCUUUUUAAAUGGGAAGGACUGGUAAAUUGUUAAAUGCAUAAAAACACAGUGCCAGAUGCUUUGGUAUUUGAUGGUUUAUCAUGAUAACAAAAUACUCAUCUUUAUUCACAGAGCAAGAGGGUAAACAAUGUGCACAGAAGUUUAAAACAUUAUAUUUAGUGCUUUACAGCUUUUAGUUUGCACUGAUUCUAUUUAAAACCAUAAGUAUAGGUGCAUAGUUUGAAUUUUUCACAGGCAAAGAAAACUUUCUUGUAUAUAGGUACUUGUAAAAAAUAGUGUAGAAGGACUGAACCAUGACAUUUGUGUGAGUUGCUUAUCCUUUUAGAUGGAAGUUUUGUUUCUUCCACUAGGCAAUGCAGGGCUUGGAUUUCAACUAUGAAUAGCCAUACUUUACCAGACUUGGACAAGCUGAGGCAAGAACUGCAGUCACUUAGAGAAGAAAUUUCAAAACCUGAGCAUGAAGAAACUUUACGAUUAUCACCUGUUGAAGAACUGCAUUAUAAAAGUAUCCAUGAUGAUUUACCACUAUUACCACCUUCUCAGCCUCUUGAUGUAAACUUUAUGGCACCUCAAGAUGAACCCCUUGAUUUCUUUGAUGAUGAGUUAGAUGACCAAUUUUUAAUGCUUAGCCAGCAAGUAGAAAGAAAUUUAGUAAUGCCUAUACCAAUUGUAGGUAAUGAAUCAAAUCGACUGAAAAGUUUAACAUUUAAGAAAGUUACAAAUACACAAAGUGCCUUAGAUGGCACAUUUAAUAGUCUUUUGAAAGAUGUUGAAAUGGAUGCAAGUAAUUACAGUAGUGCAAACAGAAAUAUUCCAAGCACAUUAAAGCAUACCAAAUCAGAUACUUUUAGUGAUAAUGCUAAGUUAAGAACUGGGAAGUUUGAAUUUCACAGAACACAAAGCUUUGAAAUGGCUAACAUAGAGAAUAUUACAGCAGAAUCUGGAGAUGUUUCAAAGGAAAUUGAGAAGAAAAGGCUAGAAGCACUAGCAAAGCUUAAAUCGAAACAACAAAUCAGUCAAGUCACUAAUGAUGUUACCUCCCCAAUGCAGUGUUCACCUGAAGAAAUAGAGAAGAAGAGGCGGGAAGCAUUAGCAAAAAGGGAGGCUAAACGUCAGCAAGAAAUCAUAGAUAGGAAACGUCAGGAAGCUUUAAAAAGGUUGGAAAUGAAUCGAAUGAAGAAUGCUACGAAUGUUAAAAGUUCUCUUACCAGUAGACUGAAUUAAUCAUUCAAGCAAAUAAUUUAAGGAUAUAUUGUUUAGUUUUAUGUAUCGAAAGUUUGAUAACUGAUUUAAUAAGAUGAUUCCUUUUUAUACAAUACCUAUAUUUCUUCAUAAAAUCGUUAUUUCAUGGUUUCUGUUUUGUUUUUGCUUGCACCAC